AUGAAAUAAACCUGCUAUCAAAACUUAGUUUUAGGCCUUUUACUUAUUGCCUCAGUUGCUACUGCUGAGUCUCUUUUCCCUCACGACUAACAAGUAAAAAUUAUAGAUGGAGAAGAAUAUGUGCAUACUCCUUUUGGCUUGAUGUUAAGAGAAUGUGUUCAAAAUGUUCCAUCAGGUUCUUAUAUUUAAGAAACUGAAGACGGUGUACUCAUUACUCAUGGCUAAAGAAAUUUUUCUAAAAGACUCGAAAGAAAUGAAAAAUGUAUAAAAAAUGACCUAACAAGAAAACAAAGAGAAUCAGUAAAAUAUGAUGGUUGGAUAGAUUCUGCUAGUUGGGAUAUUCCUGAAAAUACUAAAUUAAGUAAGUUUGAAUCUUUUUAUUCUGUGCCUAGUACUCCUCUUGGUAAGAAUGAUUAAUAUAUAUACUAUUUUAUUGGAGCUUAAAAUAACGAUAAUAGUGGUUCAGGUCUCUCGAUUAUUUAACCUGUUUUGAGCUAUACAUUAGAUGGGUGGUAUUUUUAAUCAUGGAAUUGCUGUCCUAGUGGAUAGGCUAUUAACACUGAAGCCGUUAAAAACAUUACUCCUCGUGACCAAGUUUAUGGUUCUGUUGAAGUAAAUAACUCCUAAAUUACUAUUAUCUCUUAAAAUAAGUAUGGAGAUUAAUCACUACUUACUGUUGAUACUAAUGGAAGGAAUUUUGAUUGGGUAACUGCUGCUUUGGAAGUUUAUCACACAAUCGAAUGCAAUGAUUAUCCUUUUGGAAAAAUGACUUAUUCUUAAAUGAAUAUUACCCUUUCUGAUGGAACUUAAGCCAUACCAGAAUGGGAAAAAACUGGAUUUACAGAAUGCGCUGGAUAAACUAAAGUCCUUAAUCCAAAAACUGUUACCAUUUAACAUAAUUUCCGUGAUUGA